UUUACCUUCAACUAAAAUAUGAUUUAAAUACAUUUUUUUAAUUAAAUUGUAUACAAUUUUUUUAAGAUGAAUAUAUGGAUGAAGAAGCUUUUCGGUAUAUAGUCAACAAAUUGAAAAGCUUCUCAAGAAGUAUCCCCUUGGUGUUCAUAUAAAGUUUGAGCAUUACAUAAAACAGUGGCAAAACACUAAGACAGAUAUCAAUGCUUCAAACUCAAAUUUGCCUACGCCUUCAUUUACACCCCCUGCAUCUAGUUCAUUAUUAGUAGGAUCAGCUGAACCAUUACCAGAGUUUUCACUAGAUGAAGUCUUAAAAAGAAGUACUCAUGGGUCAAUGAUCAUAAGUUACUAUGAAUCCAAUAAAAACUUAAAUGAAACCUGCAGAAAUCUCUUGGUUGAUUUAAUAAUAGCCAGCUUGUUUGAAAAAAAACGUCCUAUGUCUACUGCCUUAGCCAAUCAUAUUUCAGAUAUAAUAAUUGAAACCUUCACAACAGAAAUAAAAGUAAAUUUCAUAUAUUAAAUAUUUAUGAUAAAUUUGAAAAUAUUACAUUUUUUGACAGGAAAUAUACUUUGAAAGAAGUGGACUGAAAAAAUGCCCAAAAGGAAAAAUUUAUGCAAAGUACUUUAACAAACUCAGAAGCUUAAAAAAUCAUGAAUUAAUGUCUUCACAAGUAUCAAAAGCACAUAAAAACAAUGAACCACCCACUAGGAUUUCUGGAAACAAAAAUGUUGAAAUAGUUAUUGAAGAAGAUGCAGAAAAUCUUAUUGCCAGUUUAAAACACGAAGAAUUAACUUGGCCUGAUAUUGAGAUGAUUUGGGCAAAAACUACUGGUUAUCGAUUGAAUCAUCUUAGGUCAACUAAUUUUUCACCAUCAGAAAUCCAUAAGACAUGGCCUCAAUACAUGCAACCAUUAGGGUAUAAACUUAUUGAUAUUGAUUUCAAACGGCUGCAUGAGAAGUAUGAUGACUUACUCAGUUCUUAUGAUAAAUCAUAUCUUAAGCUGGUACAAAUAAUAGAUGAGCGUAUAAAGGACCCUAGCUGUCGGAAAAUUUUAGAAAGCAUGAUGAAAACGAAUAAUGCACCAGAAAAUCAUAAAAAUGCUGUGGUGUUGUACGUUAUUCAUGGUCUAUUUGUACCAACUACAAAAAAAGCUUUCACUGAUCUAAAUGGAAGGAAAUGUUUCCACAAAUUUUCAAUUAAAGAUUCCCAAAACACAUUCAUGAUUGUUGCAAAUACUGCAAUUGAAGUUGAAGAAAUACUGAAAAUUAGGAAAAAUGACAAGAUUCCUAUUCAACCGUGCUUGUUGGUUGUGGGUACAAUAUUGAAACCAUCGCAGAUAAUGGUUUAUUUUGAUGAGUCAAAAUAUGUAUUUUUCUCAAUUAUUAAAGCCUUAGAUAUGUGUUUUAAAAUUUACCAUUUGUUUAAUAUUGAAUACCCCAUUGAAUCAAUAUCUGUGUGGUUGUUUAUUCAAAAUUUUUUUUAUAAUAUUAAACUACCGUUUGACAAACCAUGUCCGUUAAUAAAACAGAUAAUAUCUGAACUUAAAUCUUAA